CUGGGGGAGCCCGGCUGGGGGAGCGCGGCAGGAGUCAGCCCCAGGUACCUGUCUGCAGACCUGGGUGCUCUGAGCCCAACCUGAUGCAAGCAGCCUGGCUUCUCGGGGCCCUGGUGGUCCCCCAGCUCCUGGGCUUGGGCCUUGGGGCCCGGGGAGCUGAGAGGGAGCAGGAGGGGGCCUGGGGAGGAGCCCGGGAGGAAGAGCAGGAGCGGGAGGCACUGAUGCUGAAGCAUUUACAGGAGGCCCUGGGACUGCCCCACGGGGGCCUGGAUGAGCAUGCGGAGGGAACCCCUGAAGACAAAGAGGGCUGGUGGACUGAGGAGGCCAGCCAGGUGGGAGAAGAAGAAGGAGCAACGCCCCUGCCCACCUCCAGCCCCAGCCCCUCCCCCACUCCCACCCCGACCCCCGAGGACGCCAUCAGCUACGUCUUGGGCCGCCUGGCCGGCCUGGACGCCGGUCUGCACCAGCUGCACGUCCGACUGCACGCGCUGGACACCCGCGUGGUCGAGCUGACCCAGGGGCUGCGGCAGCUGCGGAAGGCGGCGGGCGACACCCGCGACGCUGUGCAAGCCCUGCAGGAGGCGCAGAGCCGCGCUGAGCGCGAGCAUGGCCGCUUAGAGGGUGAGUCCGCACCACGCGGGGCGGACGGUGGGGCGAUCCGGGACAGAUUCUUCAUCCAGCUGAUCCCACAGCACACUGGCAUCUUUGGCUCACAGCGAAUAUACGCCCACCUUAACCCACAUCGUGUGUGCGCCUGUCUGGAGAUGCCGCAUAGGCUGCUGCUGAACUCUCCUGGGGAGAGCAUGAUCGUUGCUUGGGGAGAGACCAACAAUGCUGGUCUUAAGGUGCCCUUUGAGAUCCGGAGCGCGAGCAACUUCUUGGCACGGACCAGUGAGCGCGAGCAACUUCUUGGCACGUCGAUUUCCUGCUUCUAG